CCAGAGAAAAAAUGUCACUAUGGUGGAUGUGGCGCACGCAUUCAGCGAAGAUAUCAAUGAACCACAAGAGCCGCACCAAAGUGGCGGAGACACCGAUGUCACCGCUGACAUUCAGCUAGAAGAUGUUAAGCCCAGUCCUGAAUCAAGGCCGAGCAAAAAUGUGCCACGCAGAACAGAUAGGCGUUCACUGUGGUCAUACUUGCAUGGGGAGGUCCGACGUGGCUACCAACUGGAAGAGCAGCGGUAUGAGAAGCGCCGAGAGAAGUUCUACGCUUUCUUCCGAAUCCCUCGAGCCCUGGAGAUCUUCGUGGGCUAUGGGUUUUUACAGUGUGCAGAUGCUUUCUUGUCAGUGCUGACGCUACUGCCCGUGCGCUUCACACUGGCCGUGGGCUUGUUUGGAGCGCGGCUGGUGGGUCGACGACGACUGCAGCCAGCCGAGUCAUGUGACCUGCUCAAGGGCCUUGUACUUCUAGGCACGUGGCUGCUUGUGUCCCAGGUGGAUAUGUCCAUGCUGUACCACAUCGUCAAGAGCCAGUCCGUCAUCAAGCUGUACAUCUUCUUCAACAUGCUCGAGGUAGCAGACAAGCUGUUCUCAUCCUUUGGUCAGGACAUUCUGGAUGCCCUGCUGUGGACAGCAGCAGAACCAGAGCAGCCACGAGCACGCCGCCGCCUGGUGCUCUUAGCACAAUUUGCCGUGGCCCUGGCCUAUGUUCUGCUUCACUGUGUGCUGGUGAUGCUUCAGGCAACAACCUUAAGUGUCGCAAUCAACUCCCAAAAUAAGGCCCUGCUGACCAUCAUGAUGUCAAACAAUUUCGUGGAGCUCAAAGGCAUGGUGUUCAAGAAGUUUGCCAAGAACAACCUGUUCCAGAUGGCUUGCAGUGAUGUCCGUGAGCGAUUCCACUACGUGGUGCUCCUGUUGAUGGUGAUUGUGCAGACAAUGCGGGAGUACAGCUGGCAGCAGGAGCAGCUCCUGAACCUGCUAGGAGACUGCAUGAAAGUCAUGGCUGCUGAAGUUCUGGUCGAUUGGGUCAAGCAUGCCUUUGUCACGCGCUUCAAUGCGAUAUCAUGGCAGGUCUACCAAGAGUAUCUGGCCAGUCUGGCUUAUGACCUGGCCAGUAGCAAACUAAACACGGCACCCUCGGACCACGGGGAUCUGGUGUCACGCCGGCUCGGCUUCACACCUUUGCCUUUAGCAGCCCUGGUGUUGCGAGUGAUGGCGUGUCCCCCUAGCUCAUUGCGACUAGCCAUUCUCGCAUAUCUCUGUCUGUGCAGCAUGAAGGUGCUGCUGAACCUGGUGAUCCUAGGCCUUGCCUGCAGCAUUGUUGAGAAGCACCGGCAGACAUUGCAAGAAGACUCCCCGGUGAAAAAGCCACGAAGGCCCCAGUCCUCAGAAUAAAUAUCCAUCAUCACACACCGAGCACGGCACGUUUACAUCAUCAUGCAGCGCCGAGGCGAUUUCGAGUUGGUCGAUGAGUGUUCAUUAAAGAAAGUAUUGUUGCACGUUCUUAAAUUGAGAGGUUUAUGUGAACAAUUUGUGAACACUGUUCAGGAGGUAUUGAUAGGCUGGUUGAUCACUCAUUAUUGCAUAUUUUAAUUGCAGCACCUUUGUUAAGGCAGAUGAAAUAAUGUAAACCAUAUAAGCACUCGCAUUUGUGGUUUUUGUUAUUUACCAGCUCAUCUAUGCCUUACUCAGAUGGUUGUUAUUGAAAUGGUAUCGUAUAUUUCAAGUCGUGAAGAAUCUUUUUUUUUUUAUAUAGAAACGCUUAUAGUGAUAACUGUUGGAGCAGCAUAGUGAAUGUGGAUUCACACAGUCGCAUGUACAAUCGUGAGCAAUAUGAACUCGAACACGCGAAUGCGUGUCGAAUAGCCUCAAACCCUAUAUUGGCUGAUUUGCAACUAGCCGCUGUGACAAACAAAAUGAAAAGGGCAGUGUGCUUACGCUAGCUGUUGACACUCCCUGCUCGAUAUCGUUGCUGCAAAACGCAGCUUAUAGUAGUGUGUCAAGGGCUAGUGGCUGCUGUUGGUGAUAUGAAUUCACAUCAAAGCGCACAGCCAUAACCAGUUGACCUAGCAGGCUAUGCAGCUACACAAAUAUCGGCUGUGACGUAGCCGGUUGCGAUGCACAGGCCGUGCUUUUAUUGCAUCUAGAUGGUGUUCGCUGAGCAUUUUGAUACGCAUCCCUGUUUUCGGUGAAUUUUUCAUUUUCGUGUUAUCAUUGCUAGCGGCGGAAGGCACACGAUAAACUGCUAUUUCACAGCAACGAUCAUGCGAGUAUAGUAAUAUGGAAGUGCCAACAGUCAGCAGAAGAGCACCCUCCUUUCCCUCCAGUUUCGGCAGUGCCAGCCUCGUAUCACAUUAUCUGUACUUUGAGGCCCUUGGCGAUACACUCGCACGUUCGAACUCGUAUUGCUCACGAUAGUACGCUAAAAUGGUAGCACUCAUGUAAAUGUAACACAAGUACCAGGCUAUUAGCAAUUGUCUCGAAUAGGAUAAUUUGGUUAUUGUAAGGGUUCCCUGCAACAUUUGAACAUGAUCAGAAAUUUCUCACGGCUCCUGAAAACAUGCAAGCCAAACAUUAUAACUCAGCUCGUGGCCUGGAAUUCACAAUUCUCGAACUCAUCUAGGAAUUGCUGACUCUAUCCUCGACAAAUUAUGCCAUAAACCCUCAUGACCUGCGCCAUAAACCCGAAGUCCACAGCGCUGAGCUGAUUUGACCAUCAUGAGCUGCAUAGAUACCGUGGCUGUUGCGAAAUGUAGCCACACUGAAAGUGCCUGCACAUUUGAAGAAAAAUUUAAAAUGCUCGUUAAUGAACAGACAUAGCUGUUGCCUCUUUGACAUUCCUCAUCUGCAUAGCUUUCAGCACACUUGCCGGUACAAAAAGAGGGAAAAAGUGCUUGAAGUGAGCAGCAGAUCCCAGUAACUCAGCUCAUACUCGGCCGAUUUUAAAGGGUUCUGCAACACUUUUUUAAAUAACCUUGAUCUGUAAUAGAUUCAGUGAAAGAGCUUAUUGCCUCACAAUUUGACUGGCACAAGAACUUUUAGAAUCCGUUCAGUCCGAGCGAAGUUACAAAGAUUUGUUGCAAGCUGCCAUUCCUUUCUCUCUUCUUCGUACCGACGAAAGUAUGGGAAGUUAAGCAGGGAAGGAUGGUACGGGGGGAAUAAGGUACAUCACAUGCACCUUGUGACCUUGAGCACUUUCUCUUCGAAUGCGCAGCUUUUCAGAACGAUUGCAUGGACACAUUGCGAUCUCCCGCUGCGGCCCCUGUAACUCACGAGUGCGCCUUGUUCAAAUCGGCUAUUGGCGUGAUGCUUCGGCCUAUGGCACUAUGAUUUUUAAUAUAUGGCAUCAUUUUUAAAAGCAGAGAAAGCGAUUUCAAGCCGACUUUAAGAAUUUAUUGUAAAUUCCAGUCCUUUCUUCGUCCGUGUCGUAUUCGCGCAUUAAACAUGAAGUAUGUUAAACCAA